AAGGAGACUGCACUUAGGAACCGCGACUGGCAGCAAGCUGGCAGCCGGGACGAGACACACGUUAAACCGUUAGCUUCUAGAUUAUUCUCGCUGGUGUUUCGCAUGAAGCCGUUGCCCUCUCGUUUCAGCCACAGGGACCGCGGAGAUGGAAGACGAGGAGAGGCAAAAGAAGCUGGAGGCCGGCAAAGCAAAGUUGGCUGAGUAUCGCCAGAGGAAAGCUCACGCGGACUCCCAGAAGAAACAGAAAAAGAAGAAGAAAAAGAAUCCAGCAGAGGACUCGGCGGGGGAUUCGCAGAGAGGGGUGGAGGUCGAGCCGGAUCCGUGUUUAGGAAGAGAGGAGGUCUCGGGUGGAGGACAAGACGGGUCACAAGAAGAAAAUGCAGACCCACCCACCACGGAGUUUACCAUUGCCAGGACACUGCGGAGUGGAGAGACUGUCAAGCAAAACCAGACCUACACCAUAGAGCCGGAGAGCGAAAUGUCCACUACUGCUGAAGAUUAUUCAUCAGAGGUGAAUGGGUGCCAUGAUGAGAUGACAGAGAACCUAAUGAUGCCUUCGGAGGAUUUUGUCUGGGAGGAGGUGGAGUCCCUGCAACAGGUGAUAAAGGGAGGCACAAUGGAGGACGCUCUAGCCGCCAAGACCCAGGCAGUGGAGGAUCUGAGUCGAGAGCUUGAAGACAUCAGGGCUGCCUUUGGCACAGAGGAGGGAGUACAGCAGCUGCAGGACUUUGAGGCUGCUCUGAAGCAGCGCGAUGGCAUCAUCACCCAGCUGACGGCUAAUAUCCAGCAGGCUCGCAAAGAGAAAGACGAAAUCAUGAAUGAAUUCCUGGAACUUACAGAGCAAAGCCAAAAACUACAUAUUCAGUUCCAGCAGCUACAGGCGGGCGAGAUGCUGAGGAACAGCAGCCACAGCAGCAUAGCAGCGGAUCUUCUGCAGGCCCGGCAGCAGCUCCUCCAGCACCAACCACAGCUGGAGGAGCUCCAGCUGAAGCUCCGUGAGACAGAAAUGUCACGAGGCCGAUCGGAAGAAUCGUUCACACUGAGGAUUAACGAAAAGGACCUGCUAAUUGGUGAACAAGAACAACUUAUUUUGGGUCAGAAGCAGUUGCUGACGGAGCUGAGGACGACGGAGCAGUCUUUUGCACAAACGCUGAAGGAGAACAAUCACUUGAUUUUAGAGCAAACCGCGAUAAUCACGGAACACGAGCUGUCGCUGAGCCUGCUCCGAGAGGAGCUCUCUCAUGUGGAACACACUGCUGAUGAGAGUAUUACAAGCCCGUCGGAUGAGAAGGACCUGAUUGUAGCAGAGCUAGAGAGAGUCAUUUCAGAGCGUGACUGCUCUCUUACCCGGCUGGAGGCGUCUGAAAAAGGCCUGCGUGACAGCCAACAGCGAAUGGCCGCAAGGGAGUCUGAGUUUGAACGAUGCACGGAGGAGUUGGAGAGCAGCAAGUCCGACUUAAAAAGCCGUACAAGUGAAAUGGAGAGUCUCAAUUUGGAAUUGGAGAAACAGCGAGCCGAGUUGGAGAGCUGUACGGGUGAACUUGCAGCCUCCAGACAGAAAGAGCGAAUGUCCUCUAACGAAAUCAUGCAGCUCAUGGGUUCUGUGGAGGACCUGCAGAAGCGUUGCCACCAGGACAGCCUGUCUGAAGGCGACGCCAUCCAACAAACGCAGAAAGAGACUCUCAGGAAGCUGGAACUUCUCCGGGCAGAGCUGGACGAGAUGUACGGCCAGCAAAUAGUCCAGAUGAAGCGGGAGGUCAACUUGCAGCACGCAGCAAACGUGGAGGGAACGGCCGAGCGGCACCGCGCCGAGCUCGAGCUUCUGAAGGCGCAACAACUGUCUCAGGCCGCCACUGUUGGGGUCGAGGUGGACGCACUCUCUGCUAGGAUUAGAGAGCUGCAGGAGACGUUGGAGCAGUCCCAAGCCACGCAGGACGAAGCCGGACACGAGCUUCGCCGCGUCGCCCGAGAGAAGCUGGACCUGCAGGCCGAGGUUGAGCACCUCCUUCGAGAUCUCCGUGCCGCGAAAGAAGAAGUGGAGCACGUCUCCCGCAGUCUCGACUCUCAGGAAAGCCGACGCGGUGAACUGCGGCGCCUCCAAGAGACCGUCGGCGAUAUAACGAGUGAGCUCGCCGCCGCCCAGGAAGCGGCGCAAGAAACGGAGAUCCAGCACGACUCUGAAGUCACCAAUUACAAGAUCAAGUUGGAGAUGCUGGAGAGGGAGAAGGACGCCGUGCUCGACCGCAUGGCGCAGUCACAGGAAGCCGAGCUGGAGCGACUGAGGACGAAGCUCCUGUUCAGUCACGAGGAAGAGUUGAUUCUUCUUCGGGAAGAUGUGCAAAGGGAGUGCUUCCUAAACGCAGAAAACGUACUCGGCGAAGCCGCCAUCAAACACGAGAAAGCGCUGCACGGGCUGCGCAUCGGCCAUGAAGAAGAACUGCAUGUGUUGCGUCGGGAGAAGGAAAGUUUUGCCACGGAGCGAGAUGGACUUUUUCACCAAAUAGUCGGACUAAAGGAAGAUCUAAAGCUCGCCCUGCACAGCUCCAAAGCGGACGCGCUCGUCGAGCAGCUUCAAGAGCUUCAGGCGGAGCUCGAGGAACUGAGAAAGGGAGGAGGAGAAAGAGCUCGGAUGGAAAUUGAAAUUCAGUCGUUGCUUAAAAAGACGGAGGCGCUCGGCAGCCAGACAGAAGAGAGAGAACAAUGUUGGGAGAGCAAAUGGAAACGGCAUGAAUUGGAAAAAGAGGGAUUGAUGGAAUCUAAUAACACUUUGCAAGAGGAGUUGGACUCAAAAAUCCUUCAAAUUGAGACCCUCGCAGCCGAGAACAAUCGGACGCAGCAACAAGUCGUCGGGCUUCGCGAGGAAAUUGAAACGCAGAAGACGACUUUCUCGUUCGCUGUGAAGAAUUUCGAGGUGAACUACCAGGAGCUAAAGGAAGAGUACUCGUGUCUUAUUGAAGCCAAGACGCAGCUGGAGGAGAGGACACUGAAGGAGACACUCGAGUUUGAGGCAAAAAUGUCCAGCCUCCAGUCCCAGAUUCAGGAGCUGGAGGAGAGCAGCAGAGAGGAAGAAAAGGAGGACACGAAUGCAGAUCGACGGGAACAAGUUGUGAUCGAAAAAGACACCACUGAGCUUCAUGUUAUUCUGAUAGAGAAGGAGCGGCUGGCUGGGAGGCUUUCCGAAGUGACAGAGCAGCUGAUGUUUACAGAGAGCAAAGCUGUACGGCUGGAAGAGGAGCUGACGAGAGCGAGGAGAGCGAGCGCGAAGGUCACCGCACAAAGUGAAAGCCCGGGGAAAGAACUGGAACAGAAGCGAGCGAUUACCAGAAAGAAAACGCGGGGGCAGGACGCGCAGAGACGAGCUCCGCUCCGGCAGGCAGACCGACCCGAUGAACCGGUGUGUUCUGUUGACGGCCAUCGCCUCCAGAUCCAGUCUUUGCAAGAGGAGAUAACGGCUCUUCGGUCCCUCUUACGGGCAGCGGAGUCCGAGAGAGGCGGCAGCCGGCAGAACCCGGAGCUCCGGAGGCGUCCGGCGGCCCCGGGGGAGGGGCCUGUUGGAGGACGACCCCCCCCACACAAGCCCACAGCCUCGGGGUCCGGCAAGAGACGGCAGAGGUCGAAGCAGGAGAGCAAACCGGGCACCGCUUUUUCAGACCGCAGAGAGGAAAAGCAAAGGGGGGAGGAGGAGGGGGAGGGGGGGGAGGCAGAGGAGGCGGGGGAGGAGGAGGAGGAGAGAGCAACAAGUGCUGCAGAGCAGGAGCUGCAGCCUCAGAUGGAGAGCCAGGUGAUGUCACGUUCACAAGAGCGGGCCGGUCAGGACUCCGCCGGUCAGGACUCUGCCGACGGACACCGGGGAGACGGAGACGACGUCGACAAACAGGUGAGCAGACAUGGGACGGACCGCCUCACCCAGCCUGUCGUGUGUCGGGGAGCCGAGGGAGAGACGACUGAGCAUAGCGAGUGCCGCCUGCAGAUGGAGGCCCAGCGCAUCAGCCUGUCUCAGAUCCACGCAGCCCAACUGGAGCUGCUGCAGGUGGACUCGGACGCCCGCGCACACACGCUGGAGCUGAAGCUGCAGAGCUGCAAAGACCACGGUGACCCGGAUAAGCCAACCAUCUUCAAAUACCACAACAUGUUACAAGCGGUGUCAGAAGAAUGCAGUGAGAUCAUGCAGUGCUUUCAAAGGAUGUUUGGUGAAGAGUUUUUGACGAGUGAUGCUGCAGAGGACCGGCCGCCCUCUUCAGGAGAAACACCAGACCCUCGUGAAUCCAGCUCCGUCAUACUGGAGGCCAGAGAGCUCUACAGAGACCUACAGCAGGUGAAGGGAAGGAUUGAACAGGAACAUCAUCGACUGUCGCAGCUCCAGGCUCUGCUGAGAGCUGAUGGCAACAAGAUGACGGAGCUGCAGGUGGCUUACGAUGAACUGAAGAGCAGCAGCGAGAAGGAGCUCUCUGACCUGCGCGUGAGAGUUUCUAGCCCAAGCCCGUCUACAAGCAAAGAUCCGGGGGAGCGGGCUGGCGCACCGUCCACCUCCCUCCCCGUGGAGCUCCAGAGGCUGAAGGCGGAGGAGCAGGAGAAGCAGCUGCAGCUGGAGGAGAGUCACACACAAGAGAUGGAGCGUCUCCGCGCGCACUACCAGCAGCAGGCCGCCGAGAGCGAGGAGCGCUACGCCACCGAGCUCUUCAUGCUGCAGCAGCGACUGCAGGAGGUCGCGAGCACCCAGACCCACGACAGUGCUCCAGAGUCCAGCUGUGAGAGGAUGGAGGUGCACGGAGAGGAACUAAAGCAGCUGCUGGGUGAGGUGGAGCUGUCGGAGGGAGCCGCGGAGUUGCGCUGGCCCGUCGGGUCUGCAGGCCUGACGGCACAGCUGCAGGCGCUGAGGAAAGCUCUCUACCACAAGUACGUCCAAGAAGUAGCUGCUCUCAAAGAGCAGCAUCACCGAGAGCUGAGGGAACUGACGGAGGAAAAGGAACGGGAGAGCAAAGCGGUGAAGCUCCAGGAGGAGGGAGGAGAGAGAGGGCGGGAUCCCAACGGCAUUAGCGGAGCGAGGAGCUCCAGCGAGAGCCCCGGGGCAGCUGGGCCGGCAGGGCUGGAAGACAAACAUCACUGGGAGAGAGUGGAGGAGGAAGUUGCCAAGGCCAUAGUUCAGAUGUCCGUGAAGUUCGCGCAGCAGAUUGAGCUCGCUCGAAUGAACAAGCGUGCCUGCCAGAGGAGCGCCGCCAUGCAGACCCGGUCCGACGGAGAGGAGGGGGAGAACGUGGAGCGGAUGACUCCCGGAGCUCCGCUCACCUCGGGCGCCUGGGUGGAGGAAGUGGGGAAGGAGCGACUGGAGAGGGAGCUGGAGGAGAGGGACGCCGAGAUCCGAAAGUUAAAAGAGGAGCUGCGGAGAACCGAAUCGAGACCGGAGCAGGCCUUAAAGAAGAGAGAGGACGGUCAAGAGGAGUUGGAGGAAGGGGAAGACCCAGACGGACGAGGCGGGCCAGGGGUGAAGCAGACUGGUGGAGGCAAACGGUCAUCAGAGGAUGACGGAGAGUCCUCCGAUAAGGACUCUGAAAGAAAUGACUUGCGUAAAGCAAACGAGAAACUCAGUCGGGUGCUGGUUGACGUCCUGAAGACCACCGCAGCAGCGGAGGAAACGAUGGGCCUCCACAUGCAGAGUCUGCGCGACGCCCCCAGCGCAGGGCGGCCGGCGGCACCGCCCGACUCCACCACGCAGACGGCAGCCUGGACCAGAGCCGACGCCGAGCCCGCCAGAGCUUUUGCAGCAGAAAGUUGCAGCGGGACCUCGGAGGCUGACGAGGGUCUGGAGGCGUCUCGGCACGUUAUGGAACAGUUGCUGCUGGGCGCCGGCGCACAGCUGGAGAACGAGGAGUACCUGAUGGGAAUCAGCUGCCGGCUCCAAGCGGCUCUGGAGAAGAUGUUGAUGGCCAUCUCAGACUCCAGCAACCAGCUGGAACAUGCCCGGCUGACCCAGACGGAGCUGAUGCGGGAAUCCUUCCGCCACAACAAGGAGAUUAGCGAGCUGCUGCAGAAGCAGGAGGAGCUGCAGGAGAGGUUGUCGGAGGAGGCCCAGGCCCGCGAGCAGCUGGCUCUGGAACUGCACCACGCUGAGGGUCUGAUUGACGGCUACACGGGGGAACGAGCCGGGUUGGAGGAGCAGUUGCGUCAGAAGGAAGAGCUCCAGCUGAACCUCGAUCAAGAGCUGCAGGUGACAGGCAGCCGGCUGCACGAGUUGGAGCAGGAGAGGCUUCAGAUGCAGGACGAGCGGGAGCUGUUGACGCGGCAACAAGACGCCAUGAGGGAGCACGCCGGGCCCCGCGAGCUCCGCCUAGUUGAAGCUGUAAUGGUUGCAGCACCUGAAGCAGACCUUCUGGAGGAGACGGAGAAGCUGAUGAAAGAAAAGGUGGAGGUCCAGCGUCAGGCGGAGAAGGAGAACACCGACCUCCUGAAUCAGGUGAAGCUGCUGGAGGCGGAGCUUGAGGAGCAGGUCAACAGGGUGAUCGAGCUGGAGCAGGAUCAGAGCUCCGAGAGCGGAGACCUCCGCCAGCAGGUCCAAGCUCUGGAGAAGCAGCUGGACAAGAACCGGAGGUUCCUCGACGAACAAGCCGUGGACCGAGAACACGAGAGGGAUUUCUUCCAGCAGGAGAUCCAGAAACUGGAACAACAGCUGAAGAAUCCUCAGAAGCUGCAGGCCGGAGCCGAGCUGAGAAACAAAGAGGUGGAUGGAGUAACCUCUAAGGUGGACCAGCUGACCACCCAGCUAAAGGAGAAGGCGGAUUGGUGCAGUGAGCUGCUGCUCAGCUCAGAGCAGAUGCGUCGUGAGUUGGGAGAGCGCGACGAAGAGAUUGACAAGCUGGAGAGCCGCAUCCGCGAGCUGGAGCAGGCCCUGCUGGCCAGCGCCGAGUCCCUGGAGAAGGUUGAACAAAAGAAGCAGCAUGCGUCUGUCACAGAGGAACAACACGCCACUCUGGAGGCUCACUUACAGACGGAGAGGGAAGCUCUGGAGCGGAAGGAGAAAGAGAUCUGUAACCUGGAAGAGCAGCUGGAGCAGUUCAGAGAGGAGCUGGAGAACAAGAGCGAGGAGGUGCAGCAGCUUCACAUGCAGCUGGAGAUCCAGAUGAAGGAGAUCAGCAGCCAGCAGCAAUAUCUAGAAACCAGGGACAGCAUGCUGCAGGUGAUGGAGGAGAAGGACAGGGCAAUAGCACUUCUUAAUGAACAGAUCACUAAGCUCCAACACAUGGGAGCAGCCUCUGACAACAAGGAAAUUGACAACAGGGAUGAGUUGAUUAAAGACUUCGAGUCCCAGGUGGAGUGCCAUCGGAGUGAACAAGAGCGCCUGAAGAGGAAUAAGGAGGAGGAGCUUGACCAACUGAAUGCAGUGAUAGACAGACUUCAGCAGGAGCUGGCCAAUAUCGAGCCAAAGCAAGCCAUCGAGGAAGACGAGGACGCGGCGGCGGAGAGCUCCGAAUGUGGGCCGAGUCGAGAGGAAUACGACGAGCUGAAGCAGAAAAUGGACCUGGCCACCAAAGAGAUCAACACUCUCAAAACAAAGCACAGUCAGCUGUUGGAGACGUACCUGCACCUGAAGGAGAACGCACAAGCUUUAGCUGAAAGUGACAAAACGGAGGGCUCAGAGGGCGAGCUUGAAGAUGCUCUCAGAGAGAAAACGGCAGGCCUCUUGGUCAUGCAGGCUCAGGUUAAAGCUUUAGAGCAGAGUGCAACAGCCAGAGUGGAAGAGCUGGACCUGUGCAUCCAGCAGCUCAAGGUGGAGGUCGGGGAAAAGGACAGCGAGUUAAGCCACUGUCUCCUCCUGGUGGAGCAAACGAAGAGCUCUGCAGCUGGUCUCCAACAGAGGGUUUCUACUCUGGAGGAACAUCUGAGGGACAAACUGGCUGCAGCUCUCGUCAGCCAAGCCACGCUGGAGGCCUUCCAGGAACAGCAGUCACAAGGACCCAAAGACAACCAGGACCACCAGAGUCCCGCUGAGCCACAUGUGCCGUCAAACAUCUACGACUUUGGUGACUUUGGUAUUCCCCAAAUGGAUUUCGGUGGAGUCGGUCAAACGAGACCAGUUCCCACGGGGAAGGCGGGUCACCUGACCCAGAGGCUUCGGGAGCUGGAGGUGGGACUCGGUGGGAUGCAGAAAGACCAGGAGCUCCAGAAGCAGCUGCUCUGCAGCUCUGAGGAGGAGGUGCUGGAGUACGAGAGGAGGCUGGUCGUGCUGAUGGAUCUGCUCGGUCAGAUGAAGGCCCGGGCACACCAGAGGACGUUGCCGACUGUGGAGCCGGCUGCUGCGUCGGAGCUUCUUCAGGAGUUGCAGGAGGUCGGAGACGAGGCCUCGGCCACCAAAGAGCAGCUCGACUGCUACAAGCAGAGCUGCAGCCAACUCCAGGAGGAGCUGCAGGACAAAACGGUGACAAUAGAGAGACUAAAGGGCCAACUUCAAAAGGUUUCAUCUGGCGGCCCUGAGGAGACCAACGUGUCUGAGCUUCAGCAGGAGUUAAGGGAGGCCCAAAAGGAGGCAGCUGCCACCAAAGAGGAGCUGAGCAGCUGCAGGGAGCGCUUGGAGAAGCUCCAGGAGCUGCUGCAGGAGCGGGAAAUGACCAUUUCUCACCUGAAUGGAGAACUUGUUAAAGUACAAGCUGAAGAAAGCAGAGCCGACAUGACGGAGCUUCUCCAGGAGGUCAAAAACGAUGCGGCGUCCACCAAAGAGGAGCUCAACAUCUCCAGGAAGCAUAAUGAGAAACUUCAGGAGGACCUCCAAGUCGGCGAAGUUUCCAUUUCUCAACUCAAAGCGGAGCUCCAGGAGAUGAGACGGGAUGUGGACACCACCAAACAAGAGCUCAACAGCCAGCGGCAGCACAAUGAGAAGCUGCAGAGGGAACUCCACGCCCGAGAGCUCUCCAUCUCUAAGCUCCAAGAGGAGCUCCAGGAGGUCCGAGCAGCCUGGAUGAAGACGGUGGAUUCAGGUUCUCCAUCUCCCUCUCCUCAGCCCAUCUCCUCCUCCUCCUCCACCGCCCAACCGAAAAGGAAAGGAGGCAAACAGCCGUCUGUUAAAGGAAGCGGCGCCAAAGACAAACCGUCUAUCUCCAGGAGAAGCUCCGCCCCCUCCAGCCAGUCGUCCAACAGAUCUCACAGCUCUCGUCCGAACAGCGGCGCCGAGCAGCCACAGGUGGCGCUGACGCACUCGUCCACGCAGACGGAACCGCUCCGCACGCCCGACCCGGAGAGCGAGUCCGCCAACAAAGACGAGUUUGAGGAGGUGAUCGGAGAGUUCCAGGAGAAGAUCGUACAGAUGCAGGAGCUCCACGCGGCGGAGAUCCUGGACAUGGAGGCUCGGCAUAUCUCAGAGAGCGAGAGCCUUCGCAGAGACGCGCAGGCUCUGGAGGACGAGUGCAAGGCCCUCAAGGCGCUCAUCGACAAGCUGCGCUCCACGGAGUCGACCAGACCAGACCGUCCGACGUCGCUGAUCAAAGACGGCUACACGAGCGACAGCAGCUCAGACUACAGCCAGCGGACUGGAUUUGACUUUCCAAACUUGCAGCAGGAGUUCAGGUCGACUCCAGAGGGCGCGAGGAGAGAGACUGACGACCCACUGCCCGACCGGAUCAAGACGUUGCUGCGCGAGGUGCACCAGGAGGGCAUGCAGGUGCUCUCUCUGUCGGAGCUCCCUCUCCCCGAGGGCGAGCCGGGCAGCCAGAGCGACGCCCCCGGCUGGCUGAAGGAGAGGGACGCCUUACUGGCCACUGUGGAGUCUCUCAAAGGCCUCGUCACCCAGAUGCAGACGCACAGAGAAGCGCAGACGUCUGGCGGUGUGGACUGGCGUGCGGAGCUGCUGGACGCCGUGCGGCAGGUGUUCAUGAGGGAGCGCAGCCUGUUGAAGAGCGCCCUGUACAGCCAGCUGGACCUGCUGGACACCAGCGACGCCAUCAUCCACCUCAAUCAGCUGGAGCACAGGCUGGCUGAACAGGACAUCCAGCACAGGGAGGCGAUGGGGUCGCUCCACACUGCGGACCGGUCCAGUCUCAUCUCUGAGAUUCAUCAGCUCCGAGGUCAACUAGAGCAGCUUCACCAAGGUGCUCUACCUGUUGCAUCAUCAGGGUGUCAAAGUAGCGGGAAGAAGCAGGGAGGAGGAGCUGAUGGAGCAGCGCUGGCAGACGGGCUGCUGGUGGAGGAGCUGAAGAGUGAACUGCUCCAGACUCAGCUGGAGCUGGAGACGACGCUCAAGGCGGAGCACAAACACCUCAAAGAACUGGACAUGCUCAGGGCAGAGGUAUCGCAGAAGGCUGCUGAGGUGGACACACUGAGCGACCAGCUGACGGAGGACAGGAAGAAGAGCAGAGAUCUUCAGUGGGCCGUGGAGAAGGAGAAAUGUCGAACUGGGAAAAACGAGGAGAGUAAACGAGAAGAACUGGAGGACCUGAACCUUAGUCUGGAGGAGCAGAAGAGCCACGUGGCCCGGCUGACCCUGACCCUGGACCAGGAGCGCCAGGCCUCCUCUCAGCUCUCCCAGCAAGCCGACCAGGAGCGCCUCAGCCUGCACAGACGCCUCCAGGAGUCUCAGGUCCAGCUGGAGACCGAGCGGGCCAAGGCCCUGGAGAUGAGCACCGCGCUGGGGCGGGAGCGCGAGCUGCGGAGGGGCGUGUCCUCAGACAGCGGCCCCUCCAGUGAGCAGCGGGUGGAGGAGGAUCGGGGGGGCCUCCACGAGGAAGGGAGUCUGCUGCAACGACUGCAGAGGGAGCUGGACGACAAACAUGCACAGGUGGUGCACCUCCUCAGUCAAGUGGAGGCUCAGAAGCUCGAGGUGGUACGGAAAGAGGAGGAGCUGACUCUGGGGAGUCAGAGGUCGAGACGGGACCAGGAGGCGCUGCUGGAGGCUCGGGCCAAGCUGGAGCGGCUGGAGGCGCAAAUGUCUGAGGCCCAGGAGCAGCUGGAGAGAGAGACGGGGAGGAGGAGGAGUCUGGAUGAAGAGAAGGAGAGACUGGAGGAGAGGUUGAACCAGUUGGCGGAGCAGAGAGGCGAGAGGGAGGGGAGCGGACAUCUUCAGGCCGACGGCCACAGUCCGGCCGAGUCCAGCAACCGCACCAAAGACUGGGUCAUCCAGCAGAAGAGUGGAAAUGUUCAGUCGGCAGGCGCCGCCACGGCAGCCCACCUGGAGGGCCCUCCAUCAGGCCCCCCUCCAUCAGGCCCCCCUCCAUCAGGCCCCCCUCCAUCAGGCCCCUCUCCAACUGGCCCCUCCGGAGGACCACACCACGGUCUCUGGCGCACAGUCGACAAGGUCUUAGACAAACUCCACCUCAUUUCCUCCGCGAUCCGCGGCAUGGCGAACAAGAACACGGGCAGGAUGACUGCAGAGGUCGACAGUGAAGAGUUAUCGUUGGUGCAGUCCAAUGUUAAUGAGGUCAUCACUAUGCUGCAGCAAUCUCCAGGUCUACCCUCCGCCCCCGAGGGCGUCUCCACCAGCAGCUCCUCCGCCUCGCUGACGGAGCGGCUGCUGAGGCAGAACGCCGAGCUGACGGAUUUCGUCAGCCGUCUCACCGAAGAGAAGAACGACCUGAGGAACCACACGCUGCGCCUGGAGGAGCAGCUCCGCCGCCACCGGCUGGCUGGACUGGGAUCGGGCGACAGUCUCAGCAACAGGAGAGUUGUGUCGAAGGCGGACUCGUCGGGUACGAUACUUUCCCAGGAGCGGGAGGCUUGGACGAGAGAGAAGGUCCGUCUGGAGAAAGCUUUACUUCUGGCCCAGGCCCAGGUGGCCCGACUCCGAGGGGAGAUCAGGACCGACGCCCUGCGGGAGAUCACGGGAUCUGAGACGGACAACGCUGCACUGAAGAGGAUGUACGGGAAGUACUUGAGGUCCGAAAGCUUCCGCAAAGCUCUGAUCUACCAGAAGAAGUAUCUGCUGUUACUGCUGGGCGGCUUCCAGGAGUGUGAAGAAGCCACGCUGUCGCUCCUCUCCAGGAUGGGCGGCCGGCCGGCGCUGCCCGGCCCCGAGUCCUUCGGCCAGCGCCGCCGGGGGCUGACGCGCUUCCGCUCUGCUGUCCGAGUCUGUAUCGCCCUCUCCAGGAUGCGUUUCCUCGUGAAGCGGUGGCACAAAGCGACGGGCAGGAGCUCCUCAACCUCCUGCAGCGUGAACAAGAACGGAGCAGGACAGAUUUUAGAGGUGAGAGACUCGCCGUAUCUUCACCCGGGCAGCGAGGACAUGUACAGAGAACGAGGAAGUGGAGGAGGAAGUGGAGGAGGAAGUGGAGGAGGAGUCUCCGGCGGCGGCAGGGGGAGAAGUGGACGGGAAUCCCCCCGAUCGGCUGUCUCCUCCACACCUCAAAGGUUUCACAUGGCCGGAGACCACGGAGCGCUCACCUGUUCCCACCUGCAGAGCUACGACCCCGACCGAGCGCUCACUGACUACAUCUCCAGGCUGGAGGCGCUGCAGAGGAGGCUGGGGAGUGUGACAUCAGGUGCUUCUUCGUACGCUCAAUUGCACUUUGGCUUGAGGAGAUAGACGGCGUCAUGUUACUUUGGCUUGAAGAAACUCAAGUUGCCUUUUCUCGUGCUGAGUGCUGUUUUCUAUCAUUCUGGUGUGGACUGUAUCUUUCCAUGUGGACCAAAACACUUCUUUUUUUUUAUUAGUGUAUGACUUGUUGUAUUCAGGCUUUUUGUCGCCAGCACUUGAAAAACAGCGAUGUUUGUAAAUGAAUCGGCCUCUUUGUUGUGGAUGAACUGCAAUCAUGUAUAUUUGUCUCAUGCUAAUUUAAGACCUUGUGAUUAAUUUAUGUUCUUGUGACGUAUGGGUGGAGCGUUAUGUGGAGAAUGUUUGGGUUUAUUGUUAAGGAAGCUGCUACGGGAUAUUCUACACUGUUUUGUUUAGGCCAGACGGAGGACAUUUGUAGAGAACGUAUUUUUGUAAAGCGUAGCUUUGAAUUUUAUGGGUAUUUUGUCAAAAACUGAAAUAAAGAGGAAUACAUUGUUUGAAAGAGAUGUGUAUUUUUUUUUUAGCUCUUCUUUAUGUCCACUGACUAAAAGAUACGGGUUGCUGUACCGAAACAUAUUUAUUCAUUAAAUAUGGCAUCAAGUGUU